AUGACCAAAUCGUACAGCGAGAGUGGGCUGAUGGGAGAGCCUCAGCCGCAGGGUCCUCCGAGCUGGACAGACGAGUGUCUUAGUUCUCAGGACGAGGAGCACGAGACAGACAAAAAGGAGGACGACCUCGAAGCCAUGAACGCGGAAGAGGACUCGCUGAGGAACGGGGGAGAGGAGGAGGAAGAAGAGGAGGACCUGGAAGAGGAGGAAGAAGAGGAAGAGGAGGACGAUGAUCAAAAGCCUAAGAGACGCGGCCCCAAAAAGAAGAAGAUGACCAAGGCGCGCCUGGAGCGGUUUAAGCUGAGACGCAUGAAAGCUAACGCCCGGGAGCGGAACCGCAUGCAUGGGCUGAACGCGGCGCUGGACAACCUGCGCAAGGUAGUGCCCUGCUACUCCAAGACACAGAAGCUGUCCAAAAUCGAGACACUGCGCUUGGCCAAAAACUACAUCUGGGCUCUGUCGGAGAUUCUGCGUUCCGGCAAAAGCCCUGACCUGGUCUCCUUUGUACAGACGCUCUGCAAGGGCUUAUCCCAGCCCACCACCAACCUGGUUGCCGGCUGCCUGCAGCUCAAUCCUCGGACUUUCCUGCCUGAGCAGAACCAGGACAUGCCUCCGCACCUGCCGACUGCCAGCGCUUCUUUCCCUGUGCACCCCUACGCCUACCAGUCUCCGGGGCUGCCCAGCCCGCCCUACGGCACCAUGGACAGCUCCCAUGUCUUCCACGUCAAGCCGCCGCCGCAUGCCUACAGCGCCGCGCUCGAGCCCUUCUUUGAGAGCCCUCUGACUGAUUGCACCAGCCCUUCCUUUGACGGACCCCUCAGCCCGCCGCUCAGCAUCAAUGGCAACUUCUCUUUCAAACACGAACCGUCCGCCGAGUUUGAGAAAAAUUAUGCCUUUACCAUGCACUAUCCUGCAGCGACCCUGGCAGGGGCCCAAAGCCACGGAUCAAUCUUCUCGGGCGCUGCUGCCCCUCGCUGUGAGAUCCCUAUAGACAAUAUUAUGUCCUUCGAUAGCCAUUCACAUCAUGAGCGAGUCAUGAGUGCCCAGCUCAAUGCCAUCUUUCACGAUUAG